AUGGCUAGACGAGGUCUUAUCAGUCUCUUUGUGAUCUUUCUUCUUGCUGCUGAGAUUUUGGCUGAUGAGCCAACAUACAACGUCGUAAACUUUGGAGCCAAAGGAGAUGGCAACACAGAUGACACUCAAGCGUUUGUAAAUGCAUGGAGUUCGAUUUGUCGCAACAGCACAGGACCCUCCACCUUACUCAUUCCGGCAGGGAACACAUUUUUAUUGGAUCGUAUUGUUUUUCAAGGACCUUGCAACUAUGUCGUUCACGUAAAGCAAUGUUCAAUGGAAGCUGCCAAUAGUCUGAGGCUGAUGAGUUGCACAAAUGUACAGAUAUCGGGGUUGAAGCUGAUCAACAGCCCCAUGAUGCAUAUAUCAGUGGGGAAAAGUGCCAAUGUCGACAUCAGAGGGAUCACCAUCUCCUCCCCCGGCGACAGCCCCAACACCGACGGCAUCCACAUCCAGCAAAGCCAACAUGUCAUGGUAACAGACUCCGUAAUUGGCACAGGAGAUGAUUGUGUGUCGAUGAGUGAUGGUGCUGUGGAUGUUUCUGUCAACAAUGUAGCAUGUGGUCCUGGCCAUGGAAUAAGUAUUGGGAGCUUGGGCAUAGCUGGGACCGUGGCAACAGCAUCAGACAUCUACGUUUCCAACUGCAACUUGUCCCAAACGACCAAUGGAGUCAGGAUCAAAACAUGGCAGGGAGGGUCUGGCUUUGCGAGGAACAUAUCAUUUGUGAAUAUUAACAUGAAUGAAGUGCGUAACCCCAUAAUUAUAGAUCAGUACUACUGCCCUCACAGCAGCUGUGCAUCAAAGACAACAGCAGUCCAAGUGAGCGAUGUGAAAUAUCUCUCUGUGACAGGAACCUCAACGAGUAGUGUAGCAAUUGCUCUGAAUUGCAGCCAAACUGUGCCUUGCACCGGCAUCACCAUGGACAAUGUUAAUUUGUGGUCUGCAAAUCAAGGACAGCAGGUGCAGUCUAACUGCAUCGACGCCAAAGGAUCCCAAUAUGAACUUUUGGAAGGAUUGGUGAAUAUUGAAGUCUACAGCCAUUCUUACGUUGAAAGACUCCUCGGCGAGCCCUCCCUCGCCCAUCUUCUCAUGGUCGACGCCUGCGCUCUAGAAGACACCUCGACGUCACCCUUUUUCUCGUGUCUGUCGCCCUUACUCAAGAAGACUCCUCGGUGCGCCCUCCCUCGCGGUCGUCGCCCUCGCUUACAGAAGACUCCUCAGCCAGCCCUCCCUCGCCUCGACAAGGCUCUCACAGGUUGCGUCCUCGGCCAGACGGAGCUAGGAUCUAAUUGCCAGAAUCAGCCUCAAAACAUUCAACUUGACUUGGUUUCUUCAAGCUCGCACUGGAGUCAGGAUGUGAAAUAA